AUGUUAGUGGAAUGUAAGUCUUCAGCGGAGGAAGGAUGCACCAAUGAUUCCGAGAAUACUGACAGUGAAACUUCAGACUCAGAAAGGUUAGAUACACAAAAAGAAAACUUGGACAGUACAUAUGUGGAGGGUACUACUUUAGGGAGUACUACUUCAGAUGAAGAUUUUUCUAAUGCUACUUCAGAUCCAGAUAUUACUCUGGAGGUGCCAGGAACUUCAGACACUCAAUCAAAACGACCGUUAAUCAUGAAAGCUGCAGCCGACGGACAACACUUAAAGGCGAGCCGGAUAACCAUCAACAUAACACACGUAGCAUAA